AUGUCGUCAUGUAAGCACAAUAACAUCAUCAUAUCUUUACUCCUAGCCAUUCAGCUUCAGUUAUCUGUCUUAUGUGCCAAUCAAAAACAAAUGAAGAUGGAUAUUAACAGCCUUGGAAAUGAAAUAAUGAUCAAAGAAUCUCCAAAGCAAAAUCUCUCUUUAUUUAUUAAUACUUCAAGUGGGUUUAUUUUCAAAUCUGUGAUCAACAUUCAUAAUGUCACUUUAGAACAUGUUUAUCAAAUGAUGAGUCAACAUCUUGGAAUCAAGGUUACAGCAUCCAAAAAAGCAACACUCAGGACCUGUAUGAAACUUAUUUCACCAGAUGCCAUCAAAAUUGGGCAUUCAUUGCAAGAGUCAGUCAUCUUUGGAAAGACCGUCAAAGGAGGCAAUUUUCCUGAUCGCACACCAAACCAAUCUGUCUAUCUUCAACAAGGAGAAAAAUGGAGAACAAAUUCAUACUUCCAACAGCCCAUGUUUACCCACAACAAUGUUGAUUUCUGGUCUGGUGACAUUGUUCUGUUAAAAGAUUGCUCACCUAACAUUUGCUUUCUGGUGGAAUCUUUCCAUACAAUGAAUACAUCUAAUGUUUUCUCUUGUAGAUAUAUUGUUCAAACUCCAAAAGAUGGUUGUAGCAUUGGCAUCAAAAUCAAUCAUACUGACAUAAAUAUUGAAUCAUUUCUCUCUGUCAACACAACUCCAUUAAACACCUCCUUAUGUUGCAGCAUCUCUCCUGACACAAUUAUCUUGCUCAUUCCAACUAAUUCAAUUCCAAAGAAGAAAGGUACAAAUGCUGCCUCGUUGUUACCUGAAAUUGUUGAUGAUUUAAAGAUGCUAGAAAACAGUGUGGUAAUGUUCUCUGCAGAAGAUAAUGUAUAUGUUCUUGUGGUAUCUGCUUUACUUUGGAUUGAGGCAGAUACACCUUGUCACUUAGAGCUUUGCUGUUUAGGUGUGUCCAACUCAACUUACCCUUGUAGAAAGUGUUACAUUAAAUUGCAAAGUCAAAUCCCUAAGUUAAACGAAGUUGAAUACUAUACUAACAGACAUCCAACAAGAACCAAGAAUCAUUAUAUCCAGGCCGCUUCUACACCAGACAGAGAUACAGUGAUUCCUGAUAUUCCUUACUUUGAUGACAAAAACACAGCAGAAGAGUUAAGUUUUAAAAACAAGUCAAUAGACAAACUACUAAAACUUAAAGCAUAUGACCAGUCAAAAGACACUCCUGCUGAAAUAUUGCACUACAUUCUCCUUGGCAUUCCAAAGUAUCUUAUCACCAGUCUGGUUAAAGUUGUUUUGAACAAAAACAAAAAAGAACUAGAAGAACUGUUUGAUUACGUUAAAGACUACAAAAAUUCCAGAGGCAUAUCAAGAGCGUUUACAAGGUCUCUCACCCAUGCUGGUUCAUUUCUUGGUAGAGUCUUCAAGGUACUAAUUCAAAUACUUCUGGUAAUCCUGGCCAUAAAGUUUGCAGAUACAGAAGUAUUACAGGAAAUCACUCCCCUCUUUGUUCGUCUUGACUGUCUAUGCUCUCUAGUAUUUGUUCGAUCUAUUGACAAUCAAUACGAGACAUAUAUCAGUGAAGUAGACUCUGCCAUUAGAAGUCUAAUUGAAGCCCUACACAAAUACGACACUAACUGUAAACCUAAAAAACAUGCAUUCUAUAUGUCCAAGCCAAAAGUCCAUCUGUUGACCCAUCUACCUGAAGAUUUACGAAGAUUCAGGCCUGCUCUUAACUACAAGACCGAAAAGGGAGAGCAGUUCAACAAGCACAUUUGUGAACACUUGUUUCAUACAAACCGUAUGAACACAUUGAAAGAUAUAUGUCUCAAAUUUGGUAAACAAUAUAUGACAAGACAUAUUAUUGAUGGUGGUUCAUGGAUAGGCAAGAAUGGUUUAAGGGAAACCUGUGGAAAAGCUAUUGCAGAAUACAUGCAACAAAACUCUGAUAGGAAAUUCCAUGAAACUUUGCUUGGUGGGUCCAGAGAAUUUGCAGACAACAACAGUACAGGUUUGACCUCUGGAAGGAUAUUAAAAGACAAUACAUUUGCUCUAUUUAGACAAAGCAAUAGAUAUAUUAUCAUUGGAAUAGUGCUUUUUUCUAAAGGAUACCAUUUGUAUAUCAAAUAUCUAUCCGCACAUGCUGUUAACAACAUUUAUCGUCUAGCACUCAAAUAUGCUGAUGAUAUAUACACGCCACUAGAUGAAUUGAAGGUUGUUUGUCUAUUAGACAUGCAUCUGAAAGUUGGCUGUAAAUAUGUUGUUAAUCUCAACAAAUUUGGUUCAUACUGGUCCUUCCUUUAUUCCUUUUAUUAA